CGCCGCGCCCGCCCCGCCGAGUCGGCGCCGAGAUGGCGGCGCUGCCAAGCGGGAAGCGGAGCCGCCGCGGCUGAGGCCUCUCGGGCGGGCGCUCGGCCGCCGGGACAUGGUGCGCGCCGCGCCGCCGCGCCGCCUCCGCCGCCGCUGAGCUGAGCUCGCGGGCCGCGCGGCCCCCCCGGGCGGGAGAAUGUUCUCGGCGCUCAAGAAGCUGGUGGGGUCGGAGCCGGCGCCCGCGCGCGACAAGCACAUCCCCGCCGGGCUGCAGUCCAUGAACCAGGCGCUGCAGCGGCGCUUCGCCAAGGGCGUGCAGUACAACAUGAAGAUCGUGAUCCGCGGGGACAGGAACACCGGCAAGACGGCGCUGUGGCACCGGCUGCAGGGCCAGGCGUUUGUGGAGGAGUACAUCCCCACGCAGGAGAUCCGCGUCACCAGCAUCCACUGGAGCUACAAGACCACCGACGACAUCGUGAAGGUGGAGGUCUGGGACGUGGUCGAUAAGGGAAAAAGCAAGAAGCGCAGCGAUGGCCUGAAGAUGGAGAACGACCCCCAGGAGGCGGAGUCCGAGAUGGCCCUGGACGCCGAGUUCCUGGACGUGUACAAAAACUGCAACGGGGUGGUGAUGAUGUUUGACAUAACAAAGCAGUGGACCUUCAGCUACAUCAUGCGGGAGCUGCCCAAGGUGCCCCCCCAUGUGCCCGUGUGCGUGCUGGGCAACUAUCGUGACAUGGGUGCACACCGCGUCAUCCUGCCUGAUGACGUCCGCCACUUCAUCGACAGCCUGGACAGACCCCCGGGCGCUUCCUACUUCCGCUAUGCCGAGUCCUCCAUGAAGAACAGUUUUGGCCUCAAAUACCUGCAUAAGUUCUUCAAUAUCCCUUUCCUGCAGCUCCAGAGGGAGACACUGCUGCGGCAGCUGGAGACCAACCAGCUGGACGUGGACGCGACAUUGGAGGAGCUGUCCGUGCAGCAGGAGACAGAGGAGCAGAACUACGACAUCUUCCUGGAGAUGAUGGAGGCACGCAGUCGUGGCCACGCAGCCCCGCUCACGGCCAACGGGCAAAGCCCGUCCUCUGGCGCCCAGUCCCCGGUGGCGGCCCCCACUGCCAUGGCCACUGCUAGCUCCAGCCCCAGCACGCCCCAGCCUGCCCCAGCCGCACCGCUGCAGGCCCCUGCGACCGGGCCCCCCCCGCCGGCCCCCUCAGAGGCCCUGGCGCACCCUGCCCGGCGCGGCAUAAUUGCCCGGCUGUUUGGGACCAGCUCCGCGGCCGCCGAGGUGGCUCCACCGCCCCCAGAGCCAGCCCUGGCCACAGAGCCCCCAGCCAUGGUCCAGAAUGUGGAGGACUUCGUUCCCGAAGAUGGCCUUGACCGCCACUUCCUGGAAGACACGGCCCCCCCAAAGGACAGGCCAGCCGGAGCUGCAGUGGUGGACAGUGACAGCAGCGACGAGGCAGCCCCAGGAGGGAACCCCAUGGUGGCAGGUUUCCAGGACGAUGUGGACCUGGAGGAUCAGCCUUGCAGCAAGCACCCCUUGCCCACGGGGCCCCUGCCCAGCCAGGAGGAAGCACCGGAGGCCCUACGCCCUGCAGUCCUGGCCCCCCAGAAAAGCUCAGAGCCAGAGACCAAACGGGCCCCCACGAAGGUCUUGAGGCCACCCCGGGUUGCAGCGCCCAGGUCCACGGGCCCCCCCGUGGAGGGUCCAGACGAGCCAGCCGUGUCCUCUGAGAGUGACCCUGAGGGGCCCAUCGCCGCCCAGAUGCUGUCCUUUGUCAUGGACGACCCCGACUUUGAGAGCGACUCGGAGGCCCAGCGGAGCGUGGGCGAGUUUCCAGUGCGAGAAGACCCCUCGGAUGUGUCUGAUGAGGACCCUGAGGACAGCCGCCCUGCCCAGCCCCCGCCGCCUCCCAAGCCCCCAGGCCCCACCUUCCGGUUGAAGAACAGCUCUGACCUCUUUGGGCUGGGCCUGGAGGCUGCGGCCCCCAAGGAGAGCAGUGAGGAAGAUAAGGAAGGCCAAGCCCCCACCAGGGAGGAGAAGAGGAAAAAGAAGAAGAAGGACAGAGAGGAGGAAGAGAAGACCACCAAGAAGAAGAGCAAGCACAAGAAGGACAAGGAUAAGGACAAGGACAAGGAUGAGAGGCGGCGGCGGCGACCGCGCAGCCAGAAGACCGCGCUGGAUGAGCUGGAGGCCUUCCUGGGCGGCGGGGCCGCAGCCAGCCAGCUCCGCGGUGGCGGUGACUACGAGGAGCUCUAGGCAGGGACAGAGGGACAGUAGGCAGCUGGCGGGGCUCUGCGGGCAGCCAGCCCCAGCGCUUCUCAGGGAUGGGACUGCGGCAGUUUACAGGGGCAGUGCCGUCAGGCAGCAAGGUCCUUCUCCCGGGAGAGGCCUGGCCGGCACCCGGGCGCAGUGUCCCGCUGGGCAGCAGAGGCUCGGGGCACUGCCCAGGGCCCCAGGGGGGCCUUGCUAGUGUUCUUGUGCCCCUCCGACACUCCACCACAUAAAGUUCUCCUGUUUUACUGCGA